AUGCAAAUUGAUCCAUCAAGUAAUAAGACCGCUUCAAGUAAAUCUUCUAGAAAAAAACUUCAGGCUAUGGAGCUGUUUGGUUUUCAAGAUUUCUCGAGUAUAUCAUUACUCCAAAACGAAGCAAAAGUACCUCAGAAACCGUUUUUACAUUGUCAACAGUCGCAAGAACCAGCACAGAUAUCUUUUGAUGAUCAUCAACAACCAAAAUCUUCACAACCUUCUUAUAUUGGUCUCAUUGCAAUGGCAAUUUUGAGUUCCCGAGAGCAAAAAAUGGUACUUUCCGAGGUGUAUCAGUGGAUUACGGCUAAUUAUCCUUGUUUUCGAACGCGAGGUCCGGGCUGGAGAAACUCUAUCAGGCAUAAUCUUAGUUUGAAUGACUGUUUCGUUAAAGCGGGCCGAUCUGCAAACGGCAAGGGACACUAUUGGGCCAUCCAUCCAGCUAACUUGAAUGAUUUCAAGAAAGGCGAUUUUCGGAGGCGUCGAGCACAAAGAAAAGUACGACGACAUAUGGGAUUACUGGUAAAUGAAGACGACUGUUCUGAUGAUAGUCCCAUCAGUACACCAACACCAAUUAAAAAAUCUUUCAUGAUUGAAUCCAUUUUACGACCAGAGUUCCCGCAAACUUCCUUGUCACCAUUCACAUAUAUGGUAAUACCGUUACCGCUGCAGUAUCACCACUACAAGAAUAAUUUUUAUGUUUAG